AUGGCAUGUAAUAAAAACAAUCAAAAAGCUAUACCAACCACCCAACAAUUUGUGGGUGAAAAUGUUACCCAACAUCGUCCACAAUUUCAAAUUCCAACAGAAAAUGAUGAAGAAAAUAAUGAAGAUGUAGAUAAUGAAGACGAUUCAGAUAAACCACAUUCAGUUUAUAAGGCUGCACACGACGAUAAACAUAUUGGGUAUUUGGAAGAUGAACUUGCUAAGUGGAAAACUAAAGGAGGACUGAGUCAAAGCCAAAUUAAAAAACGAAUUGAAUUACCCGAUUCAAAACAUUAUACUGCCCUUCAUUAUGCAGCUAAACAUCAUUGUUUACAAAUAUGUAAACUAUUAAUAAAUAAAUUUGGAUGUGAUCCUGAUAUCAUUGGAGCUGACGGAGAAACUCCUCUUCAUGUAGCAUCACGACAUGAAAGAGAGACUAGAAGUCAGUCUCGGGAAAAGGCUAGGUCAUCAGUUUUAAACCGAAACGCCAAUAUUGACAGAACAUAUAAUACAGUCAUGCCCAAUGAUAAAAGUGACACAGAAGGUGUCAUUGAAUAUUUGGUCGAGAGUGGAGCCCAAUUAGAUGCAGUGGAUGAUGAAAAACGAACAAGUUUACAUCAUGCUGUUAUGAGAGCGACAUGUUGGAAUAAUGCCAGAACACUGAUUAGCCUCAUGAAGCCAACUCAAAUACAGUUGUUAAUAAAUGCUCGAGAUGCUCAAGGGGCAACCCCUCUCCAUUUUGCCUGCCGAUUUCUUGAUGGUAAUGAAGAACAAAAUAUGGUCCAACUUUUGAUCAAUAACGGCGCUCUCAUCGAUGCUCUUGAUCAAAAUAAUUGCACACCACUGCAUUAUUGUUCACGACGGAAACUGGGUCGCCUGAAUGUGGAAAUAUUAGUGAGAUAUGCUCAACAACAUCGUUCAUUUUCUACCGAGGAAUAUCUCGACAUUCAAGAUAAAAAUGGAAAUACAGCCUUGUGCUUAGCCGCUGAACAUGGCUGCGAAGAGACUGUCAAGUUUCUAUUGGAGAGCAAUGCAAAACAUGAUAUUCAAGGAAAAGAACUUUAUCAGCCAAUUCAUUUGGCCAGCAAAAAUGGUAAUAUUAAAAUACUCGAUAUGUUAUUAAAAGCAAAUUAUGAAACACCACAUCCGAAAACGAAAAAUAAAGAGACACCAUUACAUGUUGCCUGCCAGUUUAAUCGUACGGGAGCCGUUCAAUAUCUAAUUCAAACAUUAAAGCAGCGAAAAGGUCUAAUUGAGCAUUUGGAUGAUAAAGACUACACACCAUUGUUAACAGCCGCCUAUUAUGAUCAUUAUGAUUGCGUUAGAACAUUGAUCAAAAAUGGUGCUAAAAUGACAGAGGUGCAUGAUGAUGAAGACAGAAAUAUAAGUGAGUCAGAGAAGUUUCUCUUCAUCAGAUUAUUAUUACCUUUUUUUCUAGUUCAAAUAUGUGCCAAACGUUUGAGUAUCAAUGUUCUUAAAGAAAUCUUGCCACAAAUCAGCCGAACAACAGCAGCAUCAACGUCUACAUCCACCGAACAACUUGUACACCAAAUGAUUAAACACUGUGAUAAACAUGGAAAUAAUCCAUUUCAUUCAAUUGGUCGUGCUUACAAUGGUCACAUACACGGUGCCGAUAUUGAUAAAUUGGAAGUAGAUGUUUGUAGAUUGCUACUACAACCGUUCAUGCAGAGGCAAUCUGUGCAACAACUUUCGAUUGAACCAGAGCAGAAUACUUCAUUAAAUGAAACUUUGAUAAUAGAUUUGAUUUUGAUCAGAAACAAGGAACAUCGAACAUUCUUACAUGAAGCAUGUUUCAGAGGAAAAGUGAUGUUUGUUCAAUAUUUUCUUGAUUUGAUUUCCAACUUUAAACGAAAAAUGGACGUGCUGGAAGCAACGGACGAUGAAUUGAAAACUUGCUUACAUACUGCAUCAGCUGCAGGUAAAAUUGAUAUUGUGAAAUUAUUGAUUGACCAUCAUGCCAACCUUGAUGCACGGGACAUGAAUGAUUCGACACCAUUGCAUGAAGCAUGUGCAAAUAAUCAGUAUCGAUGUGUUAAAAUUUUGAUAAAAAAUCACGCACCCAUUGACGAUGUGAAUGAAAAAGGAUGUACUCCAUUGCAUCUCGCUGCAAUAAACGGCCACAAAAAAAUAGUCAAAUUUUUACUUGAAAAUGGAGCAAAAGUGCACAUUCAAAAUACAAAUAAAUAUAACAGUUUAGAAGAAGCAAUUUUGAAUGAUCAUCCGACAGUUGUUGAAGAAUUUUUAUCACACAAGUCUUGGAAUAAAUCAAUGAAAAGUGCUCAGUUAAAAAGAUUUGUUAGUGGACAUGAGCCUGAAAUAGAUACCCCGUUAAGAAAAUUAAUUCGUUUAAUGCCAACAAAAGCCGAAAUUGUUUUCAAUCAAUGUAUAAAAAGGCUUGGAAAUGAAGAAUCAGAUCAACAUAAAAUUCACUACAAUUACGAACUGUUAGAAGAUCACUUUGCUAAAUGGACGAGAGUUGAAGAAGAAAGUCACAAUUCGAGAUCGAAUUCUUUUCCUUGGCAACGUCAAAGUGUAUCACCUGAUGGAGAGAAAACACAUAAAUCUGAAAUACACAUCCCAAAGCGCCAUUUAAUUCAACACAAUCAUCCUCUUUAUAUACUGGCGAAAAGCGAACGUGAAGAUUUGAUAAAACACGAACUAAUUGACAAGUUAAUACAACGAAAAUGGUCUCAGUUUACCCGUAUAGCAUUUAUUACGACUUUUACAUUUUAUUUAUGGUAUGUAUCGUGUUAUACGGCAAUGAUAUUGCGUACAAAAGAUCCACAAUCAUACUACAUAACAUAUAGUUAUAAUAUAACCGAUACAACAUGUGAGAAUGUAGCGAAUAUAAUGCAAAAUACACAACGAAAUCCAUCUGGUGAUGGUCUCAAAAGUCGGGUACCAAUCGAAUCACUCCUUCGUACAUUCAUCAUGCUCAAUGAUGUUGGCUAUGAGAGCCACAUGUAUCCCAAUUCACCUACAACAUCACCCUAUUACAAACAAUCCACAUUUUUUGUCUAUAUUAUAUAUGCAGCACUUAUGUUUAUUCUCAUUAAUAAUUUACUGAUUGCAUUUGCUGUCGGUGAAAUUGGACCAUUGGUUGGUCGAGCAAAAUUUAAACGAAGUCAGUUGAGAAUUAUUCUCAUUAGUGAAUAUGAAUUAUUGAUACCAAAACGUUUCCUACAACAUUUUUAUCGUAAAAAUCAGAAUGAAGCUAUUGAACCAAAUAGAACAAAUCAUACAGCGGAAAUUGUCAAAAAAGUUAAACGAGUUUUUAAAGAUAAUAAAAAGAAGGAAAUGUAUGGUGAUCAACAGCAAGAAAAUACGAAUAAUACUCGUGAGCAAUUAGAAGAAGUGAUUGAUGAACAAGAAAAGAGUAAAGAAGAUUUGAAACAAAUACAAAAUGAUAUUAAAGAAAUACAAAAAUAUCUGAAACAGGUUUUUGGAACAUUAAAUUUAGAUAAACCCACUAAUAAUGAAAACAAAAAGAACUCGUCAUACGCUUGA